AUGGAUCAAGAGCUGAAGGCUGUAACCGUUGCUAUAGCUGCUGGAGUUGUGGUGAAGAAGGAACGAGUGGCAGGCGACGUGGAUGGCGUGGAGGUGGUGGUAUCACGUCUCAUGUUUCAAUAUUUGGACCUGACAAUCCACAUGAGUCGGCAGGCAGUGCAUGACCUUGUGUCAGCAUUGAAUGACAACCAGCAAUCGAUUAUUAUCACAGCCAACAUCGAUGUUCAUAGUACACAUGUCGACUUUUCACAACACGGACGGCGGAUUUUAUACACUCCUAAUGCAGGUGGACCAAGUAUCAUGAGUGAAGCAUUGUCAGCCGAGAUAAUGGAUCGCAUCUUGGGCAUACGUCGCUUAUUCACGGAAUGCGAGGUUCAAUACAACAAAGCAAAGCCGAAAGCCAUGACUGAUUAUGCUUGUCAUUUAUCGCUCAAAGGUGGUGGUGGCCUUGGUGUAUCUGUCACUCGCGCAAUGGUUCAUCGUGGGCGACUCACUUCUAAAGCUGCAAGGCGACUUGUUACCAAGAAAGCCAAAGGCAUACUCAAAUCCACUGAUGCAGUCCUCAAUUGCUCAUUCCAACGACAAGUGCUUCAUAUAUGGGUACCAAAUGGUAGUGACUCGGCUAUUGUAAGGCGAGCAUGCUCAAAGCUUUCCCCCUCUCUCAAAAGCAACACCAUUUUCCUCAUCACCACCGUCAACAUGUCGAACGUCUUUAGUGCUUGA